AGAGGCGAAAUCCUCCCGCGGGCUGGAUGCGCUCUCUCUCUCCCCGGGAGCAGCGAGCGCCGAGUGCGAAUCAGCCUCGCGGCGAAAGAACAGGGCAGUCAAGUAAGAUUAGAGGAGCGCGUCCGGCGGAACCUGGAGUCCUUUAAACCUCCCCAAAGAAAGCGAGCCAGUCCCUAUACGCCAACAUCGAAGUGGAGAUUCGGUGACUCUUAACUUUGUUGCAAACUCUGGGGCCGGUCUGGGUUUUGCUUUGCUUAUUUCUCCCGGGGAGAUGGGAAGUAGCGCACAUUGAGAGGCGAGGAAAAGUGAAGAGAGAGAAGAGACCGAGAUUGAGCCCACGACUCUAGGAGCGGAGCGAAAGGACAGCCAAACCCGCCCGGACGCCCACUGAUCUCGGCGAGCCACCGCCUCUCCAGUGGCGUGUUUGGACAUUUCUGCUGCGCAGCUUCGAGAGCAACUCUCGGCGGCGGCGUCCUUGGCCCAGUUGGCAGGUCGCCUCUGGGAGCGCGGAGCUACUCCUCGCUCGCGCCCUCGGCACUCCUCGCUCUCCUGAGCCCCACCGGGGCACCGGCCGGCGCCCUCGCUGAGUGGCUGCGGGCUCCGGCCUGGCCGUGGGAUGUUAGCGGUGGGGGCGAUGGAGGGCACCCGGCAGAGCGCGUUCCUGCUCAGCAGCCCGCCCCUGGCUGCCCUGCACAGCAUGGCCGAAAUGAAGACCCCGCUGUACCCCGCGGCAUACCCCCCGUUGCCCACCGGCCCCCCCUCCUCCUCGUCCUCCUCAUCCUCCUCCUCGUCGCCCUCCCCGCCUUUGGGCGCCCACAACCCAGGCAGCCUGAAGCCCCCGCCCGCGGGGGGGCUCUCAUCCCUGGGCAGCCCCCCACAGCAGCUCUCAGCCGCCACCCCCCACGGCAUCAACGACAUCCUGAGCCGGCCCUCCAUGCCCGUGGCCUCAGGGGCCGCCCUGCCCUCCGCCUCGCCCUCGGGUUCCUCCUCCUCCUCUUCCUCGUCCACCUCCGCUUCCUCCGCUUCCGCAGCGGCCGCGGCGGCCGCGGCCGCUGCAGCCGCCGCCUCAUCCCCAGCGGGGCUGCUGGCUGGCCUGCCCCGCUUCAGCAGCCUGAGUCCACCGCCGCCGCCGCCUGGGCUCUACUUCAGCCCCAGCGCAGCGGCCGUGGCCGCCGUAGGUCGGUACCCCAAGCCGCUGGCCGAGCUGCCCGGCCGGACGCCCAUCUUCUGGCCAGGAGUUAUGCAGAGCCCACCCUGGAGGGACGCCCGCCUGGCCUGCACUCCUCAUCAAGGAUCCAUUUUGUUGGACAAAGACGGGAAGAGAAAACACACGAGACCCACGUUUUCUGGCCAGCAGAUCUUCGCUCUGGAGAAGACUUUCGAACAAACGAAAUACUUGGCGGGGCCCGAGAGGGCUCGCUUGGCCUAUUCGUUGGGGAUGACGGAGAGUCAGGUCAAGGUCUGGUUCCAGAACCGCCGGACCAAGUGGAGGAAGAAGCACGCGGCCGAGAUGGCCACGGCCAAGAAGAAGCAGGAUUCGGAGACCGAGCGGCUCAAGGGGGCCUCGGAGAACGAGGAGGAGGACGACGACUACAACAAGCCUCUGGACCCCAACUCGGACGACGAGAAAAUCACGCAGCUGCUGAAGAAGCACAAGUCCAGCAGCGGCGGCGGCGGCCUCCUGCUGCACGCGUCCGAGAACGAGAGCUCGUCCUGAGCGCCCGCCGCCCCCCCGCCCCCGGCGCCUGCCGGGCCUCCGGCCGCCGCCCCGGGGACCGCGCGCGCUCCGCCUGCCCGUCCCUCGGGGCCCGGAGGACCCGGCCCCAACUGCCGGGGCUCUUUGCUAUUUUCUGAGAUGUACAUAUCUAUUUUUUUAACCUGGAAGUUGAGGGGGCCGGGGGAGAGAGAGAGAGAGAGAGAGACUCGGGGGUUGGAUCAGAAGGCAGAAAAGACCUCGAAAUGCACUGCAUAGAUAAGGCAACCGAAAUUCGCAGCUGGGCCACCCUCCCGGCCCCGCUCGGUUCCCUAAACCCGUCCCCCCGCUGCGCGAGCCGCCGCGGUCCCCGCACCGGCCCCUCCCGCCUGGGCCCCCGCGGCCGGCCGGGGCGGGGCGCGGAGAGGGGUUCUUGAAGGCUCUACACCCACCGCAGGGACCUCGGAGCCACGCGGGCGGGCCACCGCCACAGAUGGGAGGAGAGAGGGCGGCUUCUCCUCCCACAAACUGCUGUGCCGACUAAAGCAACCUGUUGAAGGCUCUUUGUAAAUAAAUCGUGAGUCACACUGACUAGAAGUUACUUUAUUGUGAAUAUUUAAGAUGUAAAAUGCUUUUUUUGAAUUUGGUAUAAAAAGAUGGCCCUCCUUCUUCCUUCACUCCGCCCCCCCCCCCUCCUUUUAAGAGUUACUCAAACCACACGUUUCCCUUUUAUUUGGAACUUAAUUUGAGAAGCGAGACAAGAAUGUUCUCCACCCCCGCUCUUCGCCCGGGUUUGGGUUUGUUCAAUCUCACUUUUCCCUUUGUCCCGUUGCUCGUCCCUGACCACCCCCUAGCCAGGCGUCCCGCUGCCACCUCCAGGACUCGAAGUAGAAGACGUGGAACCAGGGAAGGCCUCAGACCUGCCUCUCCGUCCCUCUCAGAAAUUGCACAGUCGUUCGUUGCUAUUUAUUAGUGAUUUAAAGAAAGUAUGGGGGAGGGAGGGGCUACAAUAGCUUGUAUUUAAUUUAAUUCUUUUCUGAUAAAAAUGCGUGUUAAAGUAGAUGGUGGGAAUUGUUACAACUGCUCUGGGUCAGAAACAUAAAAAUUCAUUUAGUUGCUGUAAUUGAAUUUGAAGUGUUUUGUAUCAUAAGAAUACUAUAGACUAUGUAUAUUGUUUUCUUUUUUAAGCUAAUAAUGGUGAUAUAUUAGCGUCUUUAACAUUUAUUAAUUUAUAUAAGGAAUUCGGUUUGUAAAGAGAAGAGAACCCCCCUUUGCAAGACCAGUUAAAUGUAAUGCACUUUCUGUUUCAAAGGAUAAAUCAAAUUAAAAAAC